UGAAGCGUCAACUCCGUUUGAAAACGCCAUACAGGAGACCAGCAACGGUUUUUGCUUGACUCGGUGCCUGUACCAGAGCGGUCUGGUCGAAGUUCAGAAGGGGAACGUUCUCAAGGCGUUGUCGCAACUGCGGUCCUGCGCCGAGAAGGCGGAAAUUCUUCGGAUGAACGAUUUGACGGCGCUGUGUUUCUCCGCAAUGCAUCGGGUGACCGCACAACACCCGGGCGCGGUUUCGCAGGUAGCGGAACUCUUACCGUUUGCCGUCAAGCAGGGCGCACAAGAGAACCCGGAGGGAAGCCUGCUUCUGCCGUCCCAAAACGUGUCGAACAAGCCGCCGCACUUGCGACAGCCGUUCGGCAGCAGUUCUUGUGCUAUCUCCGGUGCAAGCUUGUCGCGCUCGUACGAAAGAUACUAUUAUUGCAAUACCGCAUGGCAAAUUUUGUACCUAAGUCAGCAUCCAUUUUUACAAUUUAGAUUUCAUCAAUCUGGAGCAAUUUUUUGCAUAAUGCAAUUUGAAUAGAUACUGAUACAAGUGCGAUACUUUUGCAAUGCAUAUGCGCGGCGUUGCGCGUGCAUUUGGAUGCGGCAGAACAGGCAAUGUUACGGACUCGAAGUUCCGCAGGGAUCCUGCGGGCCUCGUCUGGCUCCUCUCGACGUAGCGACGCCAACGCUGGACUGCAGGCAGCUGCUUCGAACCACCUUCACUAUCUGUUGACGAACCAGGCGGUUUUCUGUGGGACCUUGUGCAAGGACUUCUCGCUGUCCACCUCAUCGGCCUUUUCAAGCGGCAUGAGCGACUUGUUUCUAGAUUGGAGGCAGUUGCGGGCUGAAACGCUCCAAGGACCUAUCCUGAGGAAAAACGAAAAUUGACAGAAGUACCCACAUGACACUCAUCGAUUGCUGCUUUUCCUGCGUGGAGGAGACACAUGAUCCUCCUGGGCACCAUGUACAUCUUGCGCAUUUUUUGCAUAACAUCAAAAGCUAUUCCGGCCGCGUAGGCACAACUGCGCAUACGUUUUUCAUCCACAGGAUAGCAUAGGAACUCUGUUUCCGGAAAUGGGGCCAGGACCUGCUUGCAGAUUCGCUACUCGGCGUGCGGAGGAAGUUCUACGAGCAGGAUUGUAAUCAUGCUACAAAUGGUGGACGUGGAGGUGGUGCGCGAGGACGUACAAGUUGUACAGCGAACCUGCCAACAAAGUGCAGAACAAGUACCCGAACUACACCUACAACCCGGUCGUUGCGUUUUCGUCAACCUCUUCUUUCCGUCGCUGACCUCGUGCUUCGCCGAAAUCGGAAAAGGCUGGAACUGGGGGCCUACUCGUCACUCGUGCGUGAGCUGCAGCGGGUAGAAUUUUGCGGAGCCCGCCAUGGUCGUGAGAGAAAUCAUGACGAAGAAGAUCUUCAGCAUGCUUCGAUUUAUUCCUCGUGCAGCAGUAUACCAUCCGAAGAUGGGAAGAAAAUGUCCGCGAACAAGAAAGCCAAUGACCGACUCGUUGCGGAUCAGUUUGCUGAUAUUGCGUUUGAUCCAUCGAAGAUCUCCUUUACGAAGCUCCCCGUGGUGCCGGGAGUAGGACCACCACUUCCACAGGAGGCCACGACUGCUUUUUCGGACAAAGCUACUAGGCAAGUCGCGAUUUCUUGUUCAUCCUGUGAUCAGGAUGAGGAAAUGGGGGUCCUCACAGCGGACAACUCCGCCCGUGCACAAGAAGAGGUGGACCCCCAAGGUGGAGGGAGAAAAACAUCGAAGCACAUCAAUUAUCCCGCCCCCGCGCAGACAAACAUAGAAGAUGUCCUUGGCGGAUGUAGUUCAUAUGCAGCUUCGCAAGUAAAGCGUGAUGAACCAGUGGAACAAAGGGUACUGCAUCGCUGGCGCCUGGAUGUGGAUAUGGACGAUGUGCGAGAAAAAAGCUCCUCUUGUGCGAAAAAUGCGAACCAAGCGCAGCAAAACGCCCCCGCCGACACGACGUCGAAAGCACGCAUUGUACGAGAAACAGCUGUGCUGGAUCAGCACUCAGCGCGUAGUGGGCCAAACGCAAGAACAGGAAUACAAUCUUUUCCGCCGCACGACAGCAGGACGGCCCACUUGUACAGCAAUCAUUUCGCCGCGCCGCUGGAUAGAUGCAGAGCGCAGCUGUUGAUCGCCGAUGCGUAUUUGGCGAAUUGCACCGCGACGGCCCCCGUUUUCUCGAGAACUACAUCCCGAAGAGCUACUGACAGAACCGGAAACAAGCAAUUUUCGGCCGAUCAUGGAAGGAGCACCUUCUACUUUGAGAGGGGAGUGGUAGAGAAAGCAUACAAGGAUGAAAAUCAUCUUUCCACCUCUCCACCCGCGUCUCCCCUGGUCCUGGCCGCCGUGGCCUGCGCGAAGGCCCUGACGCUGGCGGAACAGAACGAGCUGGGGGUCCGAACGCGGAACAGUGUCCUCGCGCGAAUCGCGCACGUGCACCUGUGCUUACAGGAUUACGAGGCUGCGUGGCGGAUCUUGAUGCUGGAGGUCGUUGGAAGGGUCGGGGGUGGAGAGUUGUGUAGCUCGGAGGGUAAUUUGGUACAAUUUUCCCGGUCAAGAACAGCAACAUCUCAGGGCGUCGGGAAGAUGCAGAAACACAGCACUGGACUUCUUCUGGCUGACGAAGCAGCGGAACAGCAACAGGAGGAGCAAGACCACGAGCUGCAGGCUUACCUCGCGGAACUGCGAGCCGAACUGUUUCAAGCGAUGCACAAGAAACUGCGUCGUCAUGGUCGGCCGCGAAGCAGGAAGCAGAGAGCAGCGCUACUAGCAUCUGAGAUGAACAAAGAAGACCAGAAGGAGCACGAAACUUUUCUCGGAGUCGGGGAUUUUGACUGCAGCACCACCACGGACGAGUCUUCGGAAUUCGGUCAGGAUCAUGAUUCGGACGACUUCCCCUCGACAGAACACACGAGGCGCUACUUCAAAAACAAAAACAGCAAAAAGAACUACAACAAUUCCGGAAAAGAGAAAAGCAAAAUCGUUAGAAGAAAACGCGUGAUCGGACCGGAUUUGCAAACGAGGGUAAUCAGGCUGGAAGUAGCCUCUCGUCCUGCCGCUAGGGGUGCUACACAGGAUCCUCGGAACGGCGAGGCGAGUGCAAAUAGGAAGGAAAGCCCAGGUCCACCUCCUGCUCCACCGCGACAGGCUGGUGUUGACCUCCAACAAGAUAUAACCACUUCCUCACAGGAGCUGCGAGCGCAGCAGGCGGUUCUGGAGGCCCCCCGCACGACUACUUCCACUGUCUCUCCAACUGCCACUACAACUUGUAGUUUCAGCGAAGAGGCGAGAGUUUUUUACCUCGCGGCGCUGAAGUGCCACGUGCGGGUCGGAAAAAAUGUCCGGAAAAUCGUGCAGAUUGGGACAAAAUUAGCGGAGUUGUGCGACAAGGCGGGGUAUCAAAUGCAAAAAUGUCUGGGUCUGGAAAUUUGUGAUGCAUAUCUCUGAAAGAAUGGUGGGCGUACUACAAUAUGCAGCCAAGCAUGAUAACUUUUUGCACUGCCAUGUGUUAGUUUCGUUUUCCGCAUGGCAAACUGCGUUUUUGCAUGACAGACAAGAGGCUCCGUUCCUGCUUACGCAUCACAGAUCUAACAGGCAUGCCAGACAAGCAUCACAAGUCUUACAUUUUUCCAGACCCAGACAUUUUUGCAAUGCAUACGGGGGAAACGGCCAGCCGCGACUUCUUUGCGAAGUUGGUGAAAGAGGUGUACUCCUGUUGCACAUCUGAUUUUUCGAAUAGAGCAAUGUCUUCAGUAUCAGUUGCAAAUACAUCAGCCACUAGAAGUCAAACUCAAAAUCCGAAGUGCAAUCUAUUGCAGGCUGUGUUGCGAAAGCAUUUGGAGGCACUGGACGCACUGUGAAGACGAAUAGGAGGGUUUUGUUAUAUGCAGCAGGAAUGGGGACAUGGUCGUUCCGGGUGUGUGACAAGAAUGAAAAUGGACCUCAUAAGAAGCACUUUCUUCUCUAUCAGAACGAGAAAAGUUAGUGUCGCUCCUUUGCGACGGUCCCUCAUCUCAAAAGCUUUGUGUUGCAGUUGCAAACGAAUUUCGGCGCUAUUUUCUUCUGAGGGUGACGAUGUCGCUGUUGGUUCCGACGUGUACUGUUUGUUG